AACCGGACUGUCAUGACUCGCACAUUGAAGGUAACGGAUAGGCUUUGUUAAGCUGACAGAUACACAGUGAUAUUCGAUGCAUCAUUGUUGUAUUGCUUUUUUCAUUCCAAGGACGAGAUCAGCAUUUUAUUUUAUUUUUUUUGCAAGAAGAGGUUGAGUUAGGGUUGUUGCUGGUUAAACAGAGGGGAUAGAUACAUAUCUAAAGCAAAUUUGGCUGCGAUUCAAUUUUUCUUCAGAUGGCGCCGUGGAUAAUAGAAAAAUAGAUUCGAAUCCUGAGUGACUUCCGGUGUUGAUUCUGCGCACGCUACAAAAGAUAGGCGUGUUCAUAUUGAACCAAUCCAGUAGAUACUAACAAAUCGUUAUAUAACUGCAGAACAACGGUCAUUCACCAGCCGCGUUCUUUCGCCACUCAUACAAAACGAUUUCUACUUUUGCGGUCGAGUCUCCAAUCAUGGCCAAGGACAUGACACUUCUCUGGGGCUCCGGCUCUCCUCCGUGCUGGCGUGUCAUGAUCGCUCUGGAGGAAAAGCAACUGCAGGGAUACAAUCAGAAACUUCUGUCCUUCGAGAAAGCAGAGCACAAGUCUAAAGAAGUCCUGGACAUCAAUCCCAGAGGACAGCUCCCUGCUUUCAAACACGGAGACAACAUACUCAACGAGUCAUAUGCAGCAUGCAUGUACCUGGAGAGCCGGUUCAGGUCCCAGGGACCCCAGUUGAUUCCUGAGGGCCAACUAGAGCAGGCCCUGAUGUACCAGCGCAUGUUUGAGGUCCUCAACCUCAGUGACAAACUCAGUAACGUCAUCUACUACAACUACCGUGUCCCCGAGGGAGAGAGACAUGACUCCGCUAUCAAGAGGAACAAGGAGAAUCUGGCCACUGAAAUCAAACUGUGGGAGGGAUACUUUCAGAAGGUGGAGGUGGGUUCUUACCUGGCAGGAAAAGCCUUCUCAUUGGCUGACGUUAUUGUCUUCCCUGUGAUUGCCUACGCCUUCCGCUUUGGGCUGUCUACGGAGCGUUACCCCAAACUGGGAGCGUACUACAAUAUGAUGAAGGACCGACCCAGUGUUAAAGCUACCUGGCCCCCACACUGGCUGGAAAACCCUCAGGGAGGGGACACUCUCAAGGAGUUCUGAGACUCACAGGAACACACACACCACAUUUAUCUGAAGGACGUCUAAUAGGCACUUCCUCCUAUAUCACUGUUGUAACCGCGGGAAACACAUCUGCGGGUUUCCUCAGAUGAGUAUUAGUCAAGUAGUUUUCUACCAAGUGAACACAAUUAUUAUUUUUCCUUUCUGGUGUUUUUGUAACAUGAUUUUUCCAUAUGUCUCUAUUUUGUGUACAGAACCACAUACCUGGUGUAGAAUUAAUUAAAAUCAUACCAAACACUGCUA